AUGUCGAAUAAUAAUCUCGGCGAAGGGAAAUCUUUUAACAGUACGCUGAUCCAAGAUGUAAAAGUUACGAACGAGAAGUACGAUAAGAACAAUGCAGUCGGCCCGCACAAAAGCAGCGAGGAAACGGUGAAAAAGUCGAGCAAAGCGACUCAGAUCGAUCUUAUCCAAUUGUCUUACGGUACGCAGAGAAUCAGGCCACCUUCUUUGGAUUAUUUGCCGAAACAGAUGCAGACCAAUGAAUCCAGUUAUCCAAGCUAUAAUUCCAAGAGCCCAUCGUUGUGCCCGUCUCAGAGCGAGUUAGUUCUAUCGCCAAGAAACAAGAAUAAUCGUUAUGUAGCUUUGGAUAUGAGAUCGAUGAAUAGUUUUCCAUUCUCAAAUAGUCAUACCUCGAUAAAUAACAUGCCGUACACAUGUUGUUGUGCGUGCGCGGGAUCACCAGGAUCUCCAACACCUUCCUCCAGACAAAUAGAGGAACAAGAUGGCCCUGAAGGUCUUUCGUGGAGAAGAUUACACAUGAGCAGAGCUAAAUUAAAAGCUACUGCAACAACGUCGGAAUUAUUAAGCGGUUUCGCUAUGAUAGCUAUGGUUGAACUGCAAAUAAAUGAGACAACCGAGGUGCCCGAAUGGCUGUUUGUGAUGUUCGCUGUUUGCACAACCGUCCUAGUAUCAGUACACAUCUUUGCUUUAAUGAUAAGCACGUAUUUAUUGCCGAAUAUCGAGGCCGUCAGUAAACUUCACGUGUCUCGCCUCGUUUCGGAAUCACCUCAUGAAAGAAUGCGCGGCUUCAUCGAGCUGGCUUGGGCAUUUUCCACGGUAUUAGGAUUAUUUUUGUUCCUAGUGGAAGUAGCUAUACUGUGCUGGGUGAAAUUCUGGGAUUAUUCGUUUACCGCCGCCACUGCCAGUACUAUCAUAGUCAUUCCAGUCCUCAUAGUGUUCAUUGCGUUCGCCGUUCACUUCUAUCAUUCCUUAGUGGUAUAUAAAUGCGAAUCAACGAUGACUGAUAUGAACGAGUUGGAAAAUAUCAAAAGAAAUUUAGAUAACGUGACGAUGAGGCAGAGCAGCGUAUGAUAAAAUUAAAGAUCUCGAUUUUCAAAUCAAUUUCGAAUUUCGAUUGGUUGUGUCCUUGUCUUCUAAAAUACGUCCCGGAGACUCUGCGUAUUAUUUACCCAUGUUUUACUGGAAAGUAUUGUAACCAUAUUCAAUAACAUAUACGCACUACACACAUUAAUAACGAUGAAAGAAGAACACAUGUAAGUUUAUUCAAUAACUUUACUUAUUCAAUACGAUCACGCGAAAGCGAUCGUAUUUUUAUUAUAUAUAAAAAUGUACAUAGCUGUACACAUGCAAGUCGAGAAUUGCAACAGUACAAGCAAAGUGCUCUUAUAAGUAUAUCAGCUAUAUUAUUUAGCAUUUAAUUAUAUUCUAUUUAUGACUUAA